AUGACACAACUAACUAUACGAGAACAAUUGGAGGGUUUUCCGCUAUUUCAAAUGAUAGUACUCGGUACUUUAAGAUUAACUGAGCCAAUAUCAUUCAGUUCUAUAUUUGCUUAUCUAUACUUUAUGAUUAAAUCAUUUAAUAUAGCGUCAAACGAUGCAAAUAUAUCUAAAUAUAGUGGAUAUUUGGCAUCUGCAUUUUCAAUAUCGCAAUUCUUAACAUCAAUUCAAUGGGGGAAAGCAUCAAAUAAAUAUGGUAGAAAAAGAAUUAUAUUGCUAGGAUGUUUUGGUACUGCUAUAUCAAUGGUAAUACUCGGUAUUAGUACAAAUUUUUAUACUGCAUUAUUAGCUAGAAUAUUAAUGGGUUUAUUAAAUGGUAAUGUUGCAAUUAUGAGAACAGCCGUCGGGGAAAUAGCUCAUGAAAAGAGACAUCAAGGUAUUGCAUUUUCUAACUUAUCAUUAAUUUGGAGUUUUGGUAAAAGUAUUGGUGGAUUUUUAGGUGGUUGGUUAACUGAUGUUGAUAAAUUUAGAGAAACUCAAGAAGUAGAGGAAAGAUUUCCAUUUAUAAAGAUAAAUUUGAUUGUUGCAGCAAUGAUAAUUGUAUUUAUGUUACAGGGAUGGUUAUUUCUCGAAGAAACACAUGAAAAACAGAAGAACCGUCGAGAUAUAGGAUUAGAGAUUGGUGAUUUUAUAAGAAGAAGUUUAGGUUUUGAAGUACCUCAACGUCCCUGGCAAAUUAAAUUACCGGAUUCAACAGAAGAACAUCUUGUAGACGAUUUCGAGUUGUCAUCAUUUUCCACAGAUAGUGAAGAUACAAUUACAGAUGAAAAACAACAACUAUUAACGAAACCUAUAAUAAUUAGAAUUAUCAACAAUUUUUUAAUGUCAUUUCUGAAUAUCAUUUAUACUGAUUUUUUCCCAAUCUUUCUUGCUAAAACAUUAGAGGUUAAUCACUUAAAAUUCCCAUUUGAUAUAAAAGGUGGAUUUGGUUAUAGUUCAAAACCAAUCGGUAAUUUAAUUUCAAUCACUGGUAUCAUUGGAGUCGUAAUGGUUAGUUUAUUAUUUCCUAUCAUAACUAAACAUUUUGAAUUGCUCACCUCAUUUAGAUUAGGGCUCCUGAUAACCCCAUUUAUAUACAUUACUAUACCAUUAAUCAUAUUCACAUUACCUGAGUACAAUCCAAAAUCAUCAUACUUCAUUACAAAUUCAUUAUUAUACAUUAACUCAAUAUUACAAUCAUUUUUAACAUCAAUUAAUUUUUCACAGAUGUUUAUCUUGAUUCAUAGCGCUUCUCCAAAACAACAUAGAGCAAUAAUUAAUAGUUAUACAAUCUCGUGUACUUCAUUAGCUAGAUUUAUAGCACCAUUAAUUUUUGGUUGGAUUAUGGCAAAUUUCGAUCACAUAGGAAAGGGAGGUUUAUCAUGGUGGUUCUUGGCAAUUGUAUGUUUUAUUUCGUAUGUGAACUCCUUCUUUUUAAAAGAGAGUGAUGAAAUAAUUGGGUAA